AUGAAACCAAAAUAUUUUAUUUUUUUAUACAUUGUACUAUUAUUUAGCAAUGCAGCUACUAUCACCGCUAAUAAAUCUAGCGACAAAAACGACUCUACUACAAUUAUAGCACCACCUUCUACUGCCUUAACGUCUAGCUCCGCCUUAACUCCAACAUCUGUUACACCCUCUUCUACCAGCCUAAAAAUUGCAUCAUCAACGUCUACUACAAUCGCUACACCCUCUGCUACCUUAAAAUCUACCACCGACUCAACCACUACUACCAUUACCCCAAUCACCACACUCUAUUCUACCGGUUCAACUACUAUCAAGCCAGCGUCUAGCUCAGACCAAACUUCACCUACUACAAUCGCUACACCCUCUACUACCUUAAAAUCUACCACCGACUCAACCACUACUGCCAUUACCCCAAUCACCACAUUCUAUUCUACCGAUUCAACUACUAUCAAGUCAGCGUCUAGCUCUGGCCAAACUUCCAACACUAAAUCGAAUUAUGAUAGCUCAACAACCACUGCCAUUACUUCAACUACCACACCCUGUUCUACCGGUUCAACUACUAUCAAGUCAGCGUCUAGCUCUGGCCAAACUUCAAACACCAAAUCGAAUGGUGCUAGUUCAACAAACACUGCCAUUACUUCAACCACACUCUGUUCUACCAGUUCAACUACUAUCAAGUCAGCGUCUAGCUCUGGCCAAACUUCAAACACUAAAUCGAAUUAUGCUAGCUCAACAACCACUGCUCCUUUAACGUCUUCAUCUUCAUCUACAGGCUUAACAACCACUGCCAUUACUUCAACUACCACACCCUGUUCUACCGGUCCAACUACUAUCAAGUCAGCGUCUAGCUCUGGCCAAACUUCAAACACCAAAUCGAAUUAUGCUAGCUCAACAACCACUGCUCCUUUAACGUCUGCAACCACUGCCAUUACUUCAACUACCACACCCUGUUCUACCGGUUCAACUACUAUCAAGUCAGC